AUGGCCAACUACUAUGAGGUGUUAGGGGUAAAGUCCAGUGCCUCCCCUGAGGACAUCAAGAAGGCAUAUCGGAAGCUGGCUCUGCGUUGGCACCCCGACAAGAACCCUGACAACAAAGAGGAGGCUGAGAAGAAGUUCAAGCAGGUGUCUGAGGCCUAUGAGGUCUUGUCGGACUCUAAGAAGCGCUCUGUGUAUGACCGGGCAGGCUGUGACAGCUGGAGGGCUGGUGGUGGUGUCAAUGUCCCUCAUGGCAGUCCCUUUGGUGCUGGCUAUCCCUUCCGCAAUCCGGAGGAUAUCUUCCGCGAGUUCUUUGGGGGAAUGGACCCUUUCUCCUUUGAUUUCUGGGACACCCCAUUCAGUGACCGUGGCCGGCCCCAUGGUUUUCGUGGGGCCUUCUCUUCGGGCUUCGGUGAGUUCCCAGCGUUCAUGGAGGCCUUCUCGUCCUUUGGUACCCUGGGCCGUGGUGGGGGCAGCCGUGCCACCUUCUCGUCCACUGCCAUCGGUGGCUCCAGUUCAGGCAACUCAGGGUUCAAGUCAGUGAUGUCAUCCACGGAGAUCGUGAAUGGCCGCAAGGUGACCACCAAGCGCAUUGUUGAGAAUGGCCAGGAACGUGUGGAGGUGGAAGAGGAUGGAAAGCUCCGGUCAGUAACCGUCAAUGGCAAGGAGAAGCUCAUGCGGGUGGACAGCAAGUGAGAGCCACCCAGCCUGGCCCUGGGCCAGUCACCAUCACAAGGGACCACAGUAGUGGCAAGCUAGUGGUUAAUAAAUGUUCCAAGUGA